CGAACGCAUUUUUCCUUACGUCAUCGAGUGAGUGAGAGACGUUCGUGAUUCAAUGGAGUUUGAGUGAUUUUUCAAUCAGAAGAAUUUUUGUAAUCAGGGAAAAUAAUUCGAGUUACAUCUUUUUUAUUAUGCUUACAAAGUCUCCAAAACCUGCCUAUAAACGGUACAUAACUUGGGGCUUAAAAACUGCAUUGUUAAUUGAAGGAGUUGGACUCGGCCUAUCGUACGCUCUGUGGUACAAGUUGAACACCGAAAGAGAUUUCCGUCUGUACAUGUAUCGAAACCACAACUGGAUAUUAGAAGGUUAUUACGGACUUGGUGAGGCAAUCACUGAAAACAAAAUCCGUGAUCUUGAUCAGGCAGUUUGGAAAAACGAAGGCAAAAUUUAAAUAAGCGUUUGACGAAGGAUCUAAACUCACAGACGCUAGAAGAGUGAGUCAACAAACUAUUAAUGUUUUAAAAGAAGCUGCAAAGCCAGAUUCAGAACUAAAUAA